GUGCCUACAACCACAAAUACUUUAUUGGUUUCCUUCUCUUUCUCCUGUUUAUGUUGUCGUGGUGUGUUCAUGGAACCUUGGCUUAUUGGAGAGUUAAUUGUCCGUUUGAUAUCUAUGAGGACGGAAUUACUGGUAUCCUGUACAAAGUCCUGAGGACCUCCCCCUGGGUGUUCUGGGUGGGGACGAACGCUAUGAUUCACAUUGUGUGGGUGACUGUACUCCUGUCUUGUCAGCUUUAUCAGGUGGUUUGGCUUGGGAUGACCACAAACGAGAGAAUGAAUCAUGGGAGAUACAAAUAUUUAUACGGGAACUUCUCGGAGAGUCACGGCCAAGGCCACAAUCGUAGAGGUCAUGGUCACAGUCACGGGCCGAGCGGGGAAUCUAAACAGAAAGGACAAAAUCCAUUUGACCGUGGACCAAUCAGAAACCUUGUUGACAUAUUAGACUUCCAAUUCUGUGGAUUGAACCGCCCCAAUAGAAUAGAUUGGAUGAACCUUUAUUCUCUACCUGGACAAACUCCACCCCCUCUAGGAAAAAUGAACUUUGGUGUAGCAAGAGAAAAUUACCAGUUUGUUUGAUGAUGUGAACAUCUUUAUGUUACCUUUAGUCACAAUAGUCAGUAUAAAAACUG